AAACUGUAUAGAAAAAACGAUUGACCACGAGGUUGAAAUUAAAGACAAACAUAAAACAUAAGUUAUAUAAAUUUAAAUAAAAAUUAAAAUACAAAAAUGUAUUUAAUGUAUUAUUUAAAUGAAGAUGGAAAUCGAGUAUACACAUUAAAAAAAAUUGAUCCAAAUGGAAAACCGACAUUAUCAGCCCAUCCAGCUCGAUUUUCUCCAGAAGAUAAAUACUCAAGAGAAAGAAUAACAUUAAAAAGAAGAUUCGGUUUGUUACUCACGCAACAACCAGCACCUACUUACUAAUAUUUACAUAAUUUUAUAUGUAAUCAUAUAUUUAUAUAUUGUAUACAAAUGAUAUUAUAAUAAUAAAUAUAG